CACUGCGUGCAUUUGCAAAGACGGCCGGCCUGGUGUAAAACGAUCAACUAUAUAUUAGCUAUCACAAGCUUGAGGAAGAAAUUUGAAGAAGCAACGGUCUGCAGUUGAAGUUCAAAAUCAAAACAAACAGCCUACGAAUUUAAUUUGCUGAAGGACUGUCGCAGCAUUUGAACUGACAAUGCUUUUAAGAAUUCUUGUGGUUUUGUGGACAAUCAUUCAUGCUUAUCAAGCUUUCGAAGUUGGCAAGUCUUUCAGCAUUCUAGAUGGUCUAAAACCAGUGCUUCCGAAUGCUAACAGCUUUAACCAAACAUUUUACCCCGUAGACAGUUCUAACCUGUUUCAAAAUGUCCAAACAAAGACUGUCCAGAGCUCAUAUUCCCAUUUCGGUUAUUUCAUUCAGUUAACCUACCACGCAGACGAAAAUGACUUGAUAAAAGUUUUCUUCUCUAUGUGGAACUUUGCGGAAGAAAAGCGUUAUGCGGGACCGUUGACCCUUCAACAAAAUGUCAACGGGGAAACCAACAUGAAAAGCGAACAUUCCAGUCUUCUGGGAAUAUCUCCAGAAAACCUGAUGGGAAAAGUGUAUGUGCUGGCUCGAUACUGGAAAGUACUGAACACAACCAUGGCUGUUGACGUCCCAACAUCGCCACUAACAAAUACUGUCCUGAAUUCUGGCGGCAAUAAGAUACUUGAUACGUUUUCAGAGUACGGCACUCAUUACGUAUCCGGUUACCAGAUGGGAGACCUCAUCUAUCAAGUAUUUGUUUACGAUAAAAACGACGCAGAAAGAGUCUUAAAAUUUCCCUUCAAUAAUCCAAAUUAUGGUUUUGGUCUUUGGGGACAUUACUAUCGCAUGUACACUGAACUAAAAACAGAACGUGGUAAAGGAUUUUGUCUUGAAGCAGGUAAAGUUCUAACAGCUAGCAAUGAUCCUGCUUGGCUAAAUAUCGCAUCACAGCUCCGAGAUGAUGUCUUCAGAGUUCCCCAAAGUAUCUUUAUGUUUGUGGCUCAAUAUGGAGGAUACUUGCUCCCGAGGAAAUUAACAACUAUUAUCCCGAUAAAACUCUAUUUCAAACCCUUGGUCACUAAACUACUGCCAGGUGAUUCGAAAUUACAAAAAGUAUGGAACGACGUAUUAUCGGCGACAGUUUUCCAAAAGUUUGGCCCAGAAAGUCAACCUAACUUUUCAACCAUUAUUGAUUCUGGAAUUGAAGACUUUUACGACAGUUUUAAUCCCAGUCUCGUCACCUCAACGGCAACAAACUAUGUCACAAUAACGCGAAUGUCAUUUGUAUUGAACGACUUUUUCGUAUCCAAUCCAACCUUUGUAACACACGUUUUCAUCUUCGCCGAUGUUCUAAAACUUCGCGCCUCAAAGAUAAAGCUACCAGGAUCUCAAAAAAUUUACCUUAUCUGUCGAGAGAUGGUUGCACUAUCAUCUAACAAUAUCGCCCCGGAAAUAAUCGUCGGUGCUUAUGACAAUUCUGUACCGACGCUCAAGAUUGUGGCAAAAACCAUGCGCGGAGUUUUCAAAGUCACCCAAGCUAAAACAAAUGAACACUUCACAUAUGCAAACGACGAGGUUUAUAAAACAUCAAAACACCCAUCUCAUUCCGGACAAUAUAGCGUCAGCACAGAUAACAGCAAGAGGCUUUACAAACCUGAUCGGAUUAGUCUGCCAGAGUUAUAUUUUUCCGAAAAUACGUUAUACGAAAUGAAGUGGUUACAAGACGGUCUGGUUAGCAGUGUUCAGCUAUCAGUAACGACGAUUGAAAGCAUUCUCACUCUUCGUUCAUACGCCGCCGACUCUGUGAACACAGCUAGAAAAUGCUUAAAGUGGAUGACCGAUUUUCUCACAAUGAAAAAACCGAACAGCACUACUCAGUUACCCACUGAUUUGGAGAUGGCAUUGGCGAGGGCUCUAUUGAUAAGCAAGACAAGAUUAAAUAAGUAUGCUCAGUCUAGACAGCUUGUGCCUAAAUUGACUUUUUCAAUGUAUAAGCCACUUUACGAUAAACUGCUAGCCGAAGUUUCCGCGUACGAGAAUAUCUUUCAAACUAUCUCGACAGAAAUAUUUUAUCACAAGUCCCGCGAAACAACUACACAGACAAUGAAAGAACUGAACGACAACGUCAAAAGAAUUGGCUCAUUCCUUGUGCAGAAAACCGAAGUAGGCGCCCAAUAUCAAGACGACAUUGCUGGCACCAAUCAACAACUGCAUGACCUAGAAAGUGAUAGAAUAAGUCGUGAGCAAGAACAGGCAGCGAUUCUGUGGACGGAAAUUACUAACACACAAAAGGAAGUAACAGACGCCGGUAUUGCCUUAAAAGAGGCAAUAGAAAAAUGCAAAACAGAGCAAAUCAUAUCAGCUGGGUUUGGUGUUAUCAGCGUAGUGGGAUCCCUAUUCACCGGGGGAGCUGGCGCUCUGAACAUCGCAAAGGACAUUGAAGGAAUUGUUCGAGUGGCAAAGAAAGUAGAAAUUGCUAUAGGCAUUAUAGAACAAGUUAAUAAACUGUACAGUCUCGGAAGAGAGUUGAGGAAUGAUAUUGGGAAAUAUUAUACCGAGUUUUGA